CACCAUCGAUGGUAACGUCUUGGAACCGGAAACCAAGACUACUGAUCGACCGACCGUGGGCGUAUACCUAUACCGUACGGGCACGUGCGAAUACGUGUUGCAACAUACGUACCUCAUGUACUUGGUCGUUCGUGUAGGGAGGACGUCGCGCAGCUGCAGUAUCAAGCAAGGCAAGGGGCUAGACCAGGCUUGGCAGCACGGUUGAAGUGAAGAGCUCUCUAAGAUGCAGCAGCCACAAGGCAGUUACCCGCCACAGUCAGGGGGGUAUCAACAGGGAGGGGCACCUCAAGGAUAUCCACAGCCCCAGGGGCAAGGUGGUGGAUAUCCACAACCCCAGGGGCAAGGUGGUGGAUAUCCUCAGCCCCAGGGGCAAAGCGGUGGAAUAAACACUUCAGCAACACAGCCCCCAGCAGCAGCCACUGCCCCACCAUCGGACAAUAUGGAUGCUAUUGCUGGUUAUGGCAAUUUUGGUGCCCCGCUGGCCCCUCCUUCCUAUGAUCAAAGUAUGAUGGAACCACCACAGCGUUCGGAUUUGCCCAAUAUGCCCACCGUGACAGUGGAACAGGCAAGGGAGGCCCUGCUUAGUCAUGUGGCUGAGAAUUGCUGUUAUGGUAAAAAGGCUGCUCAAGAAAUGGUCUUCAAUGAUAUCAGUCAUUCAAGUGCCUUCCAUUACAAGUUGGAAACUUUCACAGAAAAGCGGACAACUGCAUGGGCUUCAGAACCUUUCAAAGGGCAAAUGGUUGAUGGGCCCGCCAAUGGACCUGCACCUGGGCCAUGGGAUAUGCAGUGCAACCCCCCUGCUAAAUUCAAGAACCACAAAACUGCUGUAGAAGUGCCUCAUACUGCAUCUGUCAAGCCUUGCCAUGACUGCGUGGGUAUUGGACGCAAACGUUGCCAUUCAUGCCAUGGAGAUGGUAAUAUUCAUUGUCAUCACUGUAAUGGUAGUGGUCAUGUUCAUAGUCCUCUCUUGCAUGAUGAUGACCACCAUGGACAUCAUCACCAUGACAACCAUGUUGAGUGCACCUGGUGCCAUGGAACUGGACAUCAGAAAUGUAAAACAUGUCAUGGCCAUGGACAAGUGACUUGUGGCAGUUGUGCUGGAGCUGGAAACCUGAAAGUUUUCAUCAAGCUCACCAUUGAGUGGUUCAACCAUUUGAGUGAUAGUAUUGUGGAGAGAACCUCUCUGCCUGAUGAGCUGAUCCGAGGUGUCACAGGAGAAGUUGCUUUCACUGAGGAACAACCAAGGGUAAGCAUGCGUGUCUUGUAAGAACUGCAAACAAUC